CGCGAGCGGGUUGGGGGGGCAGCGAGCGCAGGCGCAGUUCUCGAUCGGACCCUGCGCGGCGUCACGUGAUCGUGGAAGCCUUGCGCGCGCCCGGCGUCCUCGGAGACGAGCGUCCCGGGGUCGAGCCUGGGGGUUCUCUGGAGAGGCAAGAGCGAUGGUGCCCCAUCUGGUCCCCAGGUGGCCCGUGUGCCUGUUCCAGUGGCGGGCGGCCUGUACUCUGGGGGCCUGCGUGCCGCAGAGCGCAUGGGCCGGGGCGUCCAGGACCCCAGGGCCGGGCAGCCCUCGGGGGGCCGUGGGCACCAGCCCUCUGGUCCGCAGAGGCGGCUCCUCCUCGUCCUCCCGUGCCCCCGAGGUGAUGCUGACCCGGGAGCGCUACCCCGUGCAGCGGCUGCCCUUCUCCGUGGUGUCCGAGGAAGACCUGGCCGCCUUCGAACGCAUCACCCCCGGCAGGGUCGUCACAGACCCGGAGGAGCUGGAGGCGUCCAACGUGGACUGGCUGAGAACCGUGCGAGGCUGUAGCAAGGUGCUGCUGAAGCCCCGGACGACAGAGGAGGUGUCUCACAUCCUCAGGUACUGUCACGAGAGGAACCUGGCGGUGAACCCACAGGGGGGCAACACGGGCAUGGUGGGGGGCAGCGUCCCCGUCUUCGAUGAGAUCAUCCUGUCCACUGCCCUCAUGAACCAGGUCAUCAGCUUCCACGGCGUGUCUGGGAUUCUGGUUUGCCAGGCAGGGUGCAUCCUGGAGGAGCUGAGCCGGUACGUGGAGGAGCGGGACUUCAUCAUGCCCCUGGACUUAGGCGCAAAGGGCAGCUGCCACAUCGGGGGAAACGUGGCGACCAACGCGGGUGGCCUCCGGUUUCUGCGAUACGGCUCUCUGCAUGGGACCGUCCUGGGCCUGGAAGUGGUGCUCGCUGAUGGCACCGUCCUGAACUGCCUGACCUCCCUGCGGAAGGACAACACGGGCUAUGACCUGAAGCAGCUCUUCAUUGGGUCAGAGGGCACCCUGGGGGUCAUUACUGCCGUGUCCAUCUUGUGUCCGCCCAAGCCCAGGGCCGUGAACGUGGCCUUCCUCGGUUGUCCAGGCUUUGCCAAGGUUUUGCAGACCUUCAGCACCUGCAAGGGGAUGCUGGGUGAGAUCCUGUCGGCGUUCGAGUUCAUGGAUGCUGAGUGCAUGCAGCUGGUUGGGCACCACCUGGGUCUCGUCAGCCCAGUGCAAGAAAGUCCAUUCUAUGUACUGAUUGAGACCUCGGGCUCCAGAGCGGGGCAUGAUGCUGAGAAGCUGAGCAGCUUCCUGGAGCAUGUGCUGGACUUUGGCCUCGUGACAGAUGGGACCCUGGCCACUGAUCAGAGGAGAGUGAAGAUGCUGUGGGCCCUGCGGGAGAGGAUCACGGAGGCGCUGAGCCGGGAUGGCUGUGUGUACAAGUAUGACAUCUCCCUGCCCAUGGAGCGGCUCUACGACCUUGUGAGCGACCUGCGCGCCCGCCUCGGCCCGAAGGCCAAGCACGUGGUGGGCUACGGCCACCUGGGCGAUGGCAACCUGCAUCUCAAUGUGACGGCCGAGGCCUUCAGUGCGUCGCUGCUGGGUGCCCUGGAGCCGUACGUGUACGAGUGGACGGCCGGGCAGCGGGGCAGCGUCAGCGCCGAGCACGGCCUGGGCUUCAAGAAGAAGGAUGUCCUCAGCUACAGCAAGCCGCCUGCAGCCGUGCAGCUCAUGCAACAGCUCAAGGCCCUCCUGGACCCCAAGGGCAUCCUGAAUCCCUACAAGACGCUGCCUGCCCUGGCCUGAGGGGGCCUGUUGGGGCCUGUUGGGGUCAGUGGGAGGGGCAGGCAGGACCCUGGUCCGAUCUUGGUUUUGCUCAUUGGGAUGGGCCCUCAGUGCUACUGUGGGCUCAGAAGGCCUCCAUCCGAUGGAGCCAGCAGCAGGUGGGGUGGCCCAGUCACCUGGUCAGAGGGGCCAGGAGCCAGCUCUGUGGAGCUGGGUGACACAUGGCUCUCGGGCAGGAUUCCUCCUGGCCGCUCUGCCUGGCCUCUUGGCAGGCACUGUCCGUCUCUUUGCAGGUCAGGAGCAGGGCCUCUUGCUGGCACAUCUUGAGCAGGUCGGGCGGGUGAACAGUUCUGCUCACUCAGAAAUAGACCAGGCUGCACCCCGCUUUGCUGUGGCCCAGGGGGUUCCGCCUUGUUGGCCACAGCCCUGAGAGGGGGCGUGGGUGGUCCUGCCGCUGGGUGCCCCAUGCAGUGCAAGCCCCCAUAAUAAUCUUGUAAAAGCCAAUGGUGAACUGCCAUGUUCCCUAAGCACAGAACGUCAGGGGCCCACGGUGGCCCCAGGCCUCACCACCUGUCAGGGGUGGCCGUCCCUGUCCCCAGACCUGGUUCCUGACGACCACCAUGUCCCCUGGUCCCCUGCUAUGUCCCCCGUCCCCGUCCCACUGUAGCCGGGAGCCCAGCCUCCGUGGACCUGUGAGGCUUGGUCUCACGUGGGUCUCCUAACUUGUCAGAGGCGGGUCCGUUCAUGUUUGUGAUGUGAAACGAGGGGGCUUUGUAGUUGCAAGAUGACUUUCAAUAAUAGUUUUAUGGUUAAGUGAGUUUAUUUUGCAGAAUUAAAAUAACACACGAGAUAUUAAAAGCCUUAAAACUUU